AGUCCCCAGUCCGCGAGGCGGCUGGAAAAUUCUCGGUUUCCCCUAACAGCGCCGCGCUGACUGCUUCAGCUCGAGGACCUUACAGUAGUUCGCGCAGACAGCUCAAGUUAGACCCCUCAACGAGGAUUGCCUUCGCAAACUUCGGAAAAUGACGACAAGGUCGACUGGAGAACGACCGAAAAGCUACUGCACUUAAGUGACAACCUCCAUGAAGCAGCCCCAAAACUCAGUGGCACACGAAAACUUGAUCAAAUUGUUCGUCAAGUUAGCUGCAGACCCCCUUCGUCGACUGGCUGUUUGCGAUGUGAGUGGUGGCCUCAUUGCUGAGACCGUGGUCAAGGCCUGACGUUAGUACUGUGGCAGUCCGGUCCUCUGGUCACCGUCGUGGCCGCUUACGCAUGCCGCCUUCAGUCAACCUCACGCUACUCGCAAGCCGAUGGUUUGUGUCACACUUGGGCCAAGUCUAGCGUGGCUCAAAAAAUCGAUUAACAAAAAGAGUGCAGCGGGCUGAAGAGGGCACGAGGAGGCAGUUCCGCUGGCAACCACGGGAUCGGACCACGGGAUCGGACUGCAACCACGGGAUCGGACUCCUCAGUUUGGGUGGCCAACUCAUCACCCCUCCCCUCCUCCCCCUCCUACGUCGUCCACAGCGGACUCCUUAUCCGUCUAAGAUCCAUGCAGUGUCGUGUGGCCGCAUCACCGCCCUCUCAGGAAGUAGUCGUCGGCGAAAUACGGAGGCCGCACAGCAACGCGCACCUAGAAGACGACAUUUCAGUUGAAGUCUAAAGUCUUCUGUCGACAGUUGCCACCCUGACCUAAAAAGGGGGUUGAACAAGCGGCAGGAGAUGAGUCCGUUCAUGAAAACUGCGUAUCGUCUACAGGAGACCGUGUAACAGGUUUCCUAACCGAUUUUAGCAUGGAUCCAACAAUAGCAGACCCGCUGCUAUACCGGAAUGCCUUCAGAUCAGCAAUCUCAUUUUGGUCAGAUGUGGUUAUGUAGCCGUACCGGCGGUAAACAAACCCCAGUCACUUCUGAUAUGGGACCGAUGGUAAUAAGGGUUUUUUUACAGGUAGAGCCGGGGAACGCACAGGCGACGAGGUCAAGUAAUUGUAUGCGAAAGAAAGGCCAUCGGGAAUGCGCGGUUUUCCUUUAAAUGGUUGAGAAAUAGUUGCUCUUACUUCUAACCCUAACUCUAAUCCCUAAACCCUAACAGUAUGGUGUCCAUAAGGUGCUGCUGCAUAAUCACAUCUUACCCUUAUUUUAACUAGUCUGGGAGCCUUCCCUUGGAACGUGUCCAACCGUCCGGGUCAACAACUGUCGCGAGAAAACCGUAAAAACGAUAACACACCUGCAUCCAAGAGUGUCGGCUGUAGCCCUCUGCAGAGCCGAUUUGACCACUUGUGCUUUUAAGCUAUGGGGACUUCCACAGGCUGCAUCUAAGGCCGCACCCACCCCGUUCUCGUCCACCCGUAUGUUCUAGUGGGUUUUUUUUACUCGGAAAGCAAAUCUUCUGUAAAGCUAUCCGGUUAGAGUUAUUCGCCGUUUCUUUUCAUAUAAAAUUUACUGGUAGUUCUCUAUAUGUAGUUGCAUGACUUUGCAGUUCGUCCGUUUCUCUUUGAUUUUUUACCCAUUCGAGACCAACAGUUAAUUAGAGGCCGCCAUGAUUCUAUUUAAGUGUGCCCAGGUCUAUUCUGUUAAGGACUUGCAAAUGUUAUUCAUUAACGCACUUUGUUUCAGACCUCAGACUUUCCCUCAACCUAGUGAUCACCGCUUGUUUGCGAGAUUUUUAAGUCUGUUCCGGGUUACUCUAUUUUCAUGCAAACUAAACUCGACUUGCUUUGGUUGUUUAAACUGUACUCUUCGUGGGAAGCCCAGUCAGCUGUGCAUGAGUUUUAGAAAAGCUAAUGUAACGCGACAGGCGUUCUACCCGUGUAAUUCGUCUGUCUAGGUCUUCUUUUUCCGAUGGGAAAGCCUACGCUUCAGGCUUUAUAAAUGAACACACUGUUCCCUCUCAAAACUCGUCUGGGGUUUUUUAAAAACAUGGCAGUACUGGGGGAUUUUUGAAUUUUCUCGAGAAACGCGCCAAGCUCUCUCGUGAAUAGAUUGGGUUUUCCAUAAAACUAAUUUUUUCUUAUUUUGUUUUUUUCCCCCUACUCCGAACUGAAUAUGUGCACUUUCUUUCCUCUGGUUUGUGGCUAUAGAAAAUGCCCUAGGCUGGGUUCUCGGACCACAUCGACGCCAGAAACCUGUCUACAUGAAGGGCAAUUUCUCGGCCAUAAGACACUAACGGAUUUACUUAAUCACUUUCGAUCUUUCUCCGCAUGAUUUGAGGGAUCCUGAAGAUCACUAAACUGUUCUGUCCCAUGGGACGCCGAAACUAGUAGACAGUUGAGUUUCUGACCCUCAGGAAAACAACUUGACGAUUUCGGCCAGAAUUAAAGCUUUAGUGGUUAUUGAACUCCACAGAACGAAUUACUACAAGAGUUAUAAUGAUGAGCUGCAAACUAAUAUCAACAACUUGUAGGGGUAUCAUGACCGCGAGGAAUUUCCGUGGCCGAAUGAUAGUAACGGUCAGUGGCCGAUCUCGUGGCAUUAUGAAGCGCGUUGCCGAUUAGGUACGAUUGCUUAAGUGGGAUUGUAAUGUUGAUUAUCUGCCGACAUGGUCCCAUGAUAUUUCAGACAUGCCAGGGUGUCGAAUUUUGAAUGCACUUCCCGGUUAUCCAUAACAAUCGGACUCGAUUGAAACAACUGCUGAAAUAGUAUGCAUUCUUAUCUAUUUUCGAUGUCAUUAUAAAAGUACACGAAUGUAUCCUUUAUUGUACCCAUUUAGUAGCAAGUCACUUCUUUCUCAAAUAUGAUACAAGACAAAAGGGUAUCUUUCGGUUUUAAAAAGGCCCACUGUUCGCGAGGCCGAGCGUUUGCAAUUGGACUGGUUUUGGAGAAUCGAGGAAGGGAAGGGGUGCUGUUAGAUGGGCACCUUGCCAAGCCAGCGAGAGUACAUGGUACAACUGUCUGUACAGUUUCGGUUUUCACACCCGGACUUCUACCACCCUGGAGUAGCGUAGGAGACCGACCGCACUGACACUAAAAGUCAACUUUAGAUUCACAGCUCGUCCAGGGUUCUAAAUAUGCUUUACGACUGAGCUAGUCGGAACAUUGUUUUUCGCUCCCAAAACCACUUCGUCAGAUCUUCUGUCGACGGGGUUGUCGGCUGUUUUUUCGUGCACCGAAUCUGUUUACACCCACAAGUGCGUGUGAACUCAUAAACACGGUUGGAGAUGGCCUGCGUCGACGAGGCGUAUUUAAUGGGUCUGACCGCGGGGAGGGGGGUCGUCCUGGGGCUCAAAAUGAUCAGACUGGCGAUCGCGGAAACUCGCUCAGUCGUGCUGCUGGCACUCGCUUAGUCGCGUUUAAGACAUUGCCUAGGGAUUGAAGGCAACCGCCUACUGGUGCCCUGGACACCGAUACCCCGCUCUUGUUCGCCUCCCUAGGGUGGUAUUUUUCAACCAAGUUCUCUCUUCAUCAAGGUUCUUCGGAGAGCAUUGAUCUCGUCCUCCAUCUUAUCAGUAAAACAUGUUUCAGUCACGCAGUUAAAAAAAAGUAUUAGAUUAAGUUCCCCAUUCUUUGAAUAAAGACAGAAUUCAUGAAGUAUAAAUACUGCCCCCUUCCGACGUGUUUUCCGGCAAAUCGCCCUCUGCGUGGACGCAUCUUUCUUCCGUUGCAUAAGCCCGUCCGAGCCAGCUAAUAAAUUUGUUUGCUGGAGUGCGCCUUAUUCGUGGCAUUCGCAAUGUAUCUGACUGUCAAUUGCGGCGAAAAUGUCGUCCACAGAUCUUAAAUGCAAUGUGGUUUGUUUUGGACUUUUAGAUGGUUUCCGUUCGACGUCUGGCAUAAAUGGGAGCGCAAUAAUUCCAAAGCUGGGAGGUUUUAGUGUAUUCCUUGAAGUGGGAGGAAUUUUUUCAGGCUAAGCUGUACGCUUAAGCUGUUUCCGGCCCAUUAAUGCCCUCUUCAGACAGUCAUAUCACUGACCAACAUCUGGGAUCACCGACACACUAAACAAGUCCGAACCAUCCACAAAUAGGUCGGUGACGCCACAGAACCUUUACGCCGAUCGAGUGUAUAUUCAAACAAGAUGUGCACCAGUCUGGUGGUGGUGGUGGCGGUGGUGGCGGAGGUGGCCGCGGUGGUGGUGGUGGAAUGCACUAAUAAAAUAUAUUUAUCACCAGAUGUACAAAUGCAAAAGUGCUGACCAAAGAUGGGCAAUUAGGUUGGCCCUAUUCCACAGAGAUGAAAAUGGAUAUUAUACGAUGUUAAAUAGCUCUUUCUUUUCGCCCUCUGGUGGAUCUUCUGAACGCUCUUUUAAUCGAAUUCUCAUUAUCCAGAUGACGAUGAUGAUGAUGAUGAUGAUGGUGGUGGUGGUGGUGGUGGUGGUGGUGGUGGCGGCGGCGGUGGCGGUGGCGGUGGCGGUGGUGAUGAUGAUGAUGAUGAUGAUGAUGAUGAUGAUGAUGAUGAUGAUGAUGAUGAUGAUGAUGAUGAUGAUGAUGAUGAUGAUGAUGAUGAUGAUGAUGAUGAUGAUGAUGAUGAUGAUGAUGAUGAUGAUGAUGAUGAUGAUGAUGAUGAUGAUGAUGCACGACUUCACAGGCUGACACCAAGUCGACUGUGA